AGGAAUGGAGUAACACCCAGGUGUGCACAUUCAGAUCACCAGGGAAAGAGGUUUUAAAAUAUAGAUGCUAUAUUUACGUUUCACCUCAAAGUAAGUUGUUGCAGCAAUGGUGUAAAAUCAUUGGAAACAGCUGUGUCAAUUUCAUCAACACCCACACUUUGCACUGACAGCAGACGUUGGGCACUUUCAUGUAAUCUUGCAAUCAGCCUGACCUCAUACUUUUCAGAUCUCAGCAUACAGACUCUGGGCCAUAUGUUAGCAGAUUUGUUUCACCCUGCUCUGCCGGAUGCCAACAUCAAGUCCUCACAGCAAGGAGGCUGGUUUUGCACACAUCACAACAAAAAGAUUAGAACAGAGAGAAGUGCCAUGUCCAGGCGAGUUGUGGGUCCAACAGAUUCAUCCUACAAACUAUUCCCUGUUCUGUUGAUCGUAGGAUGGAUUGUCGGUUGCAUAGCUGUUGUCUACUUCGUCUUCAUUUUUGCUUGGAAAAGUGGUAUGUGAGGAAGAAAUUCAAUUCAUCACAGAAAAUAACUUCUCCUUCCAGAGGACACGGG